GUUAUCAAUGGUAACAAUCGUAACACUCGACGGCAACAUGUUUGUCACGUUGUUGAUGACACCGUAGAUUUUUUUUUAUUAAAUUGAAAUUAUAAUAUGAAUUUUAACAAAGUUCUUGUCGGGGCCAUUGACCAAGGAACAAGUAGCUCCAGAUUUUUAAUAUUUGAUACAAAAACUUCAGAGUUAGUCACAUAUCACCAGAUUGACAUAAAAGCAUCUUAUCCUGAAAAAGGGUGGGUUGAGGAAGACCCGUUAGAAAUAUUAGACUCAAUAAAUGCAUGCAUCGAUCAGGCUCUUGACAACCUCAUCAAAUUGGACAUCAGUCCAUUGUGCAUUCAAACGAUUGGCAUAACAAAUCAGAGAGAAACCACAGUCGCUUUCGACAUCUCCACAGGAAAGCCACUACACAAUGCAAUUGUGUGGCUGGACACGCGAACAACAGACACAGUAAAUGAACUUCUGAAAAAAAUUCCAGGCCGAGACAAGAACCAUUUGAAGCCUAGAUGUGGCCUCCCACUAUCCACGUACUUCAGUGCUGUAAAAAUGAAGUGGCUGAUUGACAGCUCGGAAAAAGUUCAGUCUGCCAUGCGCGAUGGUGUCUGCAGAUUUUCCACCGUCGAUUCCUGGCUUUUAUGGAACUUGACUGGAGGUUCAAAAUCUGGAAAAUUUCUCACCGACGUUACAAACGCCAGUCGAACGAUGCUUAUGAAUAUUUAUUCGCUCACUUGGGACCCUGUCUUACUCGAAUUCUUUGGAAUACCUCAGAACGUUUUGCCAGAAAUUCGUUCCUCCUGUGAGAUCUAUGGACGAAUGUCUGGCGGGAAGUUGGAUGGCGUGCCUAUUAGUGGAAUCUUAGGCGACCAGCAGGCAGCUCUGUAUGGUCAUGGGUGCUUGUCGGAGGGGCAGGCUAAGAACACGUACGGGACAGGUUGCUUCAUGUUAUGCAGCACCGGCACACAAGUUAUAUCGUCAAAACGAGGUCUGUUAUCUACUGUUGCUUACAAAGCAGGUCCCAACAAGCCCACAUUUUAUGCAUUAGAGGGCUCUGUGGCAAUAGCUGGAGCUGCCACUAAUUGGCUGAGAGACAACAUGGGAAUCAUUAAAAAUACCAACGAGUUUGAAACACUGGCCAAAAGUGUGUCAGACACGCAGAAUUGUUACUUUGUGCCGGCCUUCUCUGGUCUCUUCUUUCCUUACUGGGAGAGUCAUGCUAGGGGAAUCAUCUGUGGGCUCUCCCAGUCAACGACAAAGGCUCACCUGGCUCGGGCAACUCUAGAAGCCAUUUGCUUCCAAACCGUUGAUGUCCUCGAAGCCAUAGAGCGGGACAUGAACAUAACGUUGAAAGUGUUGAAUGUUGACGGUGGAAUGUCAAGCAACAACUUGCUGUUGGAGAUGCAGGCUGAUUUGUUAGGGGUUCCAGUUGUCAGACCGUCAAUGUUGGAGAUGACAGCUCUGGGUGUAGCGAAAAUGGCUGGUCAGGCUGAAGGUGUAGCGGUUUGGAACGAUCAUUCAAACGUCUAUGAUGACUCGACCAAUGAUGUUUUUGUUCCGCUCAUCACAACUGCUUCUCGCAGGAAGAGGUACAUGCAGUGGAACAAGGCGAUUGCCCGAUCAAAGAACUGGGAGCUACCUGAUGAUGAAAUGAUUGAAGCAGAUCCGCGUGAAAUCUCCUCAAUGUUUUCCUGCGCGCUGUUCACUGUGACGUCACUGGCCAUGUACGUCUUCUCAGAACUUGUGGCAGAUGGAUACAUCUGAGCUGGCGGGUAGUUGCUUCACCGUGGUCACCAUCAUUCUGACGAUGACGAUGAUGGGCGUCUACUGAUCCGACGAUAAUUAGUAGCUUGUACAAGGACUACGAUUUUCACGACAAUAGUGAAUGAUAACAAUAGUAACAAAAAGUAAUGAAUAACGGUAAUAAAACAAAAUAAUAACAAUUAUAAUAACAUAAACAACGUAGUAUAUAAUAACGAUAAUAAUAUCUUCAAUUUAUCUCUGGUAGUGUUGCCGUUGGUGGUGGGGGGUUAAUGUUUUUUGGUUCGGUGAAAUGUUGACGGAAGUGAUGGAAAACGACUUUCUUGGAAAGCUGAUGUUUUGAAAGGCUUUUUUUUAUAAUAAUAAUAAUUAACAAUAAUUGUAUUUUUGUAUUUCUUUUAUUCACUUUAUAGAUGUAGUUGAUCACAUUAAUAAUUACUUUUUAAUUCCAUAGUUUUUAAUCAGUUUUAUUUCAAUUUUAUAAAUAAUGUUGUAAUUUUAUUUUUUAUAUAAUUUUUGUUGUUGUUGUUCAUAUUUAACGGCAUUUAUGCUCCCAAAGUGGUGCAAUUGUUUGCCAAAUUAAGAAAAAAUUAUUUUCUUUUUCAUGUGGAAAAAUAGAAGUUCAGAUAAUAUGAAAAAUGUUUAUUGCACUGAACGUGGGGAAAGAGAAAUACUAUGGGAAAAAUAUUUAAAUCAUAUCGUAGUAGUUACAAUCUUUCAGAAAUUUUAUUACAUUGAUAAUAUUAUUGUUAUUCUUAAAAUUCUCUGGAAGCUCUUUAUAUAUUAAAUGUUUAUGUCUAUGUGUAAUUGGGUUCUCGCAAGUUAUAUUAUGUUGGAUUGUUAAUUUGUGUUCGCAAUAUUGACAUAUUGUUUGAUCUGAGUUAUUUAAUAUAUAUCCAUGUAUUAAAGUAAUGUACGUUAUCAAUUUCGGUUUUGGCGUUUUUGUUUAGUAGUGUAACAAAUUCGUUUUUUUAUGCAAUUUUCAUAAUAUUUCCACAUCAUUCUUACAUUAAUUGCUGACUAGGAAAUGUUCUACCUACAUUUUAAUUUUUGCCAAUCAGUGUAUACGAGUAUUAGUACAAUUAUUAUACUGUAUAUAAACUAAUAUUAUUAGUAACAAAUGAAUUGAGUCAAAUUAAUAAUUUUGAUAUGGCACACAUGCUGGACACACAUACACACGCUGGACACACACGCGCGCGCAUGUACAUAUAAAUAUUUAAUAAAAUUCUUUAUAUUCA